GAUAUCGCCCACCCCUCCCUAAUAUAUCGCCCACCCAAAACAAAUACUGCUUAGGAAAAAAAGCUAAUUCAAUGGCGAUGAUGCAGACUUGGCUGCAGAUUCUGAUUCUGUGCCUCUCAAUCAUUCUUACGGCAGGUGAGGGUAUUCAGCAUGAGAAUACCAGUUUCAGUUUCAUCUUCAACCACUUCAACGCCACAACCACAAUCAAAUAUGUUGCAGAUGCCUCACUACAAUCCAACGCAAUCCGUCUCACAAAUCACUCCGACCGUCUCGUUGGUCGCGCUUUCUAUGACAAGGCAAUCCCCAUGAAAAGAAACGGCUCUGUAAUUUCAUUCAGCACAAGCUUUAUAUUCGCCAUGGUUCCUCAGCGGAAGUCGGGCGGUGGUGACGGGGUCUGCUUCAUCAUGACGCCCACACCACUUCUCAACGGCGGUGUGGCAUCGCAGUACCUGGGCCUCGUCAACAUGUCGAGCGACGGCAAAGAGUACAACCAUCUUUUUGCAGUAGAGUUUGACACGAUGGAGAGCAUAGGCAUGCAGGAAAAGGACAGCAACCAUGUGGGAAUCGAUCUAAACGGCGUCAAGUCGUUGUUGGCUGAAUCUGCUGGUUAUUGGGAGCAAAAUAGAUUCACGCCUAUUAAGCUUAAAAGCGGGCAUAAUAUAAGGGCCUGGAUCGACUAUGACGGCGCUUCGAAACAGCUGGAGAUAAGUAUUGCAGCAAUUGGAGAGGCGAGGCCGCAGAAAGCACUGGUGUCGAAAAAAGAUUUGGAUUUGAACGGGAUUAUGCAAGAGUACAUGUACGUUGGGUUUUCUGCGUCUACAGGUAGUUCUCCUUUAGUUGAAGAUCAUUACAUUUUGGCAUGGAGUUUCACAACUGGCAACAACAAAGCUUCAGAUAUAGACAUUUUGCAUCUCCCGUCCUUUUAUGUUAAAAACCGCAAGUUCUACAAAUCUACAAAGUUCAUAUAUAUUACUAUAAUAUGUUCAAUGGCUUUCAUCUUGGGACUCAUUCUUAGCGCAUUUUAUUGGGUGAAAAGGAUGGACUACAUAGAAUUCUAUGAAAAAUGGGAGUUGCAGUAUUGGCCACAAAGAUUUAAUUAUCGGAAACUCAACCUCGCCACAAAGGGUUUCAGGGACGACAAUCUUCUGGGCUAUGGGGGCUUUGGGCGGGUAUACAGGGGCACUCUGCCUUCGGGAGAUGAAAUCGCUGUGAAAUGCAUCACAAAAGAUUUCACACAAGGAAUGCAGGAAUUCAUGGCAGAAAUUUCCAGCCUUGGGCGGCUGCAGCACCGGAACCUUGUACACCUCAGGGGCUGGGGCAGGAAAAACACGCGCCUCUUCAUUGUCUACGACUACAUGUUCAAUGGAAGCCUUGAAAGAAAUUUGUUCAGUCCAGAGUUGAAUCUUACAUGGGCUCAGAGAUACAGAAUUCUCACAGACGUAGCCGCCGGGAUACUAUACUUACAUGAGGAGUGGGAAAAAUGUGUGGUACACAGGGACAUUAAAUCCAGCAAUGUAUUACUGGACCAUGAUCUCAACGGCCGUGUGGGGGACUUUGGUUUGGCAAGGUUAUAUGAUCAUAGUGAAAAACCCCAAACUACUCAUCUGGUGGGCACGCUGGGGUACAUUGCGCCCGAGCUUAUACAUUCUGGUAAGGCUUCUCCUUCCACAGAUGUGUUCAGAUUUGGGGCUCUUAUGCUGGAGGUUGCUUGCGGAAGGAAGCCUGUAGAUGCCCAAGGUGUGAUUUUGGUUCAGUGGGUUUGGGAUUUGUAUGCAGAUGAAAGAUUACUGGAAGCUGUUGAUCAAAGGCUUGGGGACGAUUAUGAUAAGAUCAAGGUUGAGAUUGUGCUUAUACUGGGGCUCAUGUGUUCAAACCCUGAUCCAAAUGAGAGGCUUAGCAUGAGAAAAGUGUUGCAGGUACUUUGCGGUGAGGCUUCUUUGCCUACGAGUCUUCGUGUGCCCUCGGCUUUUGAACUUUCCCGCAUUGACAUUGCGGACUUGAAUUCGUUUACUGCUACUCCUUUGAAUCUAUCGGAAUGAUAUGUGUGACCAGAGUAACCAGUGGACAUUCAUAAUUUAUAGUCUUUGUUAUGUGUAGAACGAGAAAGUUUUAGCUUUCAAUUAAAAUUCGCAUGGUUAAAUAAGUGAAUCAUGCUCACAAGAUCGACUAUUCUUCUGCUUUUUGUAAAAAGAAUUACAGGUUCAGAGGUAAUAAGGCCUGCGUUGUAAAUGCACCGGUGGGCGCCAAUGUAGUUUCUGUCAAAAUUUAAGUUUAAUAUAGAAGUUGUAUAGAAAUAGGAUUUGUAUUUAUUACUCAACAUCUUCUAUAAAUAUAUCUUUGUAUGGUUAUGCCUAUGUAAA